CGAAUAAUAAUUUGAAUUUCAAAAGUAUUCAAAACUUCGUUUACUCUUAACGGUUGGUGAUGGGUGCUUGUAUCUAAAUUAAAAGAAUCUGCUAUGGUGUUUAAUAAGAAAGAUUUGGCGAAAGCAUUUUCGCCUAAUAAAGUAAAAAAGCUAACAAAGAAACGAUUUUCAAGUAAUGCAACGAAACCGAGUACAAGCGGAACAACAGCUUUAUCAAUACAAACUGAGCCUGGCUCGCAGACAAGUAUUAAGGUAAUAGUAAGAGUACGGCCAGAAAAUGAUCGCGAGCUUCAAAGUAAUUGUAGAAAUAUCAUAAAAAUUGUUGAUGAUAAAAUGCUAAUUUUCGAUCCGAAAGAAGAGGAAAAUCCAUUUUUUUAUCAUGGUGUUGCUCAGAAGGGUCGUGACUUACUUAGAAAGCAAAAUAAAGAAUUACAAUUUAUUUUUGACAAAGUAUUUAAUAUUUCAUCUAACAAUUCUGAUGUAUUUGAAGGAAGUACUAAAGAUCUGAUCACUAGUUUGUUAGAUGGUUAUAAUUGCUCUGUAUUUGCAUACGGAGCAACCGGAGCUGGGAAAACACACACUAUGCUUGGCAGUAGUGAGGAUCCAGGCAUUACAUAUCGUACAGUAGCAGAAUUAUUUGCUCAAAUAGAGCAGCAGGGUGAGCAUCGUGAAUUUAAUUUGGGUGUAACAUAUUUAGAAAUUUAUAACGAGAACGUGCAAGAUCUUUUACAUAAAUCUGGACCAUUACAUUUGAGAGACGAUGGUAGAUGCGGAGUAAUUGUUGCUGGUCUGAAAGUAAUAACUAUUCACAGUGCUGAGGAGUUGUUGACACUUUUGGCAAAGGGUAACAAAAACCGUACUCAGCAUCCUACUGAUGCAAAUGAGGAAAGUAGCAGAAGCCAUGCUGUUUUCCAAGUUUACAUUAACAUCACUAAUAAACUGGAUGGCCAAGUACGACAAGUAAAAUUAUCUAUGAUUGAUUUAGCAGGAUCUGAAAGAGCUUCUGCUACGGGUUGUAAAGGAGCAAGGUUUAAAGAAGGUGCAAAUAUUAAUAAAUCAUUAUUAGCACUUGGAAAUUGCAUUAAUAACUUGGCAGAUGGUGCAAAACACAUAACAUACAGAGAUUCAAAAUUAACGCGUUUAUUAAAAGACUCUUUAGGGGGAAAUUGUCAGACAGUUAUGAUAGCUAACAUUGCACCCUCUAGUACUAGUUAUGAAGAUACAUACAACACAUUAAGAUAUGCAAACAGAGCAAAGAAAAUUAAAACUCAUAUAAAGAAAAAUAUUUUAUCUUGUGAAAUGCAUGUAACUGCAUAUAUUAAAAUGGUGGAAGAACAAAAGAAAGAAAUAAAUUAUUUGAAGCAAAAGUUAUUAGUACUUGAGAAUGGAUCAACCCCUAUAGUACCAGAAUUAAAAGAUAGUAAGACUGAUGAGGAAACAGAUAAAUAUGUUCUAACAAUUAGUAAUAAAUUAGCUGAUUUACUUCAAAGAAAACGAGCUUUAAAUGAAAAGGUUCUUUCCUUAGAAAGUGCUGACAAAAUACUAUGCUGUAGAAUUCAAUACAAGAAAGCUGCAGAUGAGAGACUGCAAAAUUUAACAGCAGCUGUUGAUGCUACAACACCUGAGGAGCAUAACACUAGUGGCAAAUCAAGAGUUAAUAAGUCUUUACAUUAUUUUGAACGACAAAGAGAUUCUCUAAAAAUACAAAUGGAAGCAGCAUGGGAAGAAUUAUGCUUAAUAGAAGAAGAACUGCAAAAACUUAAUUCAGAUAUAAAAUCAAAGAAAUUUGAGAAGUUGGAAAACAUAAUAACAUUACAGGCUUGUGAGAUAGAAAAAUCUAGAUUACAGCAACAAUAUGAGCAUGCAAAGAAAGUGAGCAAUCUUCAACAGUGUGAAAUGCAGUCUCAUUAUUCAAUGAUAAAAAUGAUGAGUACAACUUUACAGAAUUAUUAUAAUAUGAUGAGAGGCUAUGGAACAAUGACAGAUUCUAUGAAAGAAGAGUUUAAGCAAUUAAUUAAGUUAUUAGAAGGAGUAAGAAAUAUUAAAUGGUCUGAUAUGGAAACUGUUAAUCAUGAGGAGUGCUUUUAUAGUUUAACUUGUCUUAGCAUUCCUCAUUUAAUGGAUCCACUUAAUAAUAAAGUACCUAUAUAUACAUUAUAUCCUGCAGAUGAUCAAAACCAAACUUGUACUAAAGAUACAUUAAACACUACCUUUAAUGCAACUUGUACAGAGAAGGACAAUGUGUGUGGAACGCACGAUACAACUGUUACCUUAAAAUCAGAUUCAAAUAUAAGUUUUAAUGACAUCACAAAAGAAAAAGUAGAAGUAAACGAGACUGUGGGAAGUAUAGAAAAAGAGGAGAAUAAUGUAAAUUGCACACAACCAAAGGCCAAAAAGCGUGUUCUUUUAGAUAAAAAUAACAUAAAUAUAAUAAAAACGCCUAUUAAACAAGCAAGAAAGAUAUCUCCAAAGCAUAAAGAUUCACCUUCCACAAUUCAAGCUAAGGAGAAAGAGAACAAGCAACAUGUGUCGAAACCACAUAUAACAAUGAGUGCUAAAAGCAUAGCUAUAUUAAAUAAAUUAAAAGCAGAUAAACUUAAAAGAGACAAUCUCAAUAAGGAGAAUACUGAUGGAUCAUUAAAAGCAGUAAGAGAAAAAGAAAGGCGAGGACUGAUAACGACGCAUCCAUAUCAGAAACCAAAUAGUAAACAGAAGUUUGUUCCGGCUCCAGCUUCGUCUCGAAUGCCGUGGCAAUAGUAAUGUUCAUUAGAAGUAGUAAUAGCUAGUAAGAAAAUGAAUUGCGUACAUAUUUACAAAUAAGCCAGUAAAAAGAUAUACAGAGAACUGGCUAUAUAUUUGAUAUAAUAUUAAAUAUGAAUAAAAAAAUCUUUAGUGUAUCUCGACGUAAUCGUACUUGUAUAAAAACUACUUUGUAAUAAGGAACACAAUAAUGAUAAGAUAUUUAAUAUUAUUUUAUUAUUUAAGAGAAAUUAUAAAAUAGUAAAUGUGUUAUUUAAUAUGUCACACUUUCAACAUAUUCGUGAUUUCUUCUACGCGUCUAUCUAUUGGAAUUCCAGUAAAUCAUUACAAAGACUGAAUACCGAAUAAACAAAUGGAAAUAACAAAAGUGAAAAUUCAUCACUUAAACAGAUUUCAGAAGUUUCUAAAUUUAUUUUAAAUUUACAGUAAUGCGUGGUAGUAUGAUUUCUCAUACUAGCAAUUGAUAUUGACGGUUUUAGGAAAUUGAAUAAAUAAAGCGUAAUAAUUUUUAUACAUUAUUAAAGUGUCUAAUUUAUGAGAUAUUCAAUUUUAAGAAAGUAGGUAAUUGAGUUGAUGCAUUUAAGAGAGAUAAAUGUAUGAAUCUGGUCAUAAUUUGAAUAAGAUAAAGAUAUUAAAAUUAACAUAAAUUUAUUUAUUGCUUUAAACAAACUGACGUUCAGUAGAAUAACAUACAUGACAAAAUUAUGUGUAUAUUUAUGAUGUUUAACUUUUAACCAUUAUAUAAAACUCACAUAAUUACUAUAGAUGUCUUGACAGACCACUAAUUGCUUCAUUACAUUAUCAUAUACAUAUAAUAAUACCUACAUACAAAUGUUGAAUAGAGAACAACUACAUUUAAACUUAAUUAAAUGGUUCCAUGUAUAAUGUACAUACAACUGAACAAUAAAAAUUGUAUUGGAAAGGUAUACAUUGUAAUCAUUAUUUUAGAAAUUUGAUAUGCCGUUUU